AUGGACGACCUUGGACCAUCGCAUCUCUCGCUGUCAUCGGGCGACGUCGGUGCCAGGCCAGACAGCACUCCUCCGCAGACGCCUCAGGAGAUCAAGCUUGAUGUCGCUCCGCGUCCGUCGCAAAAUGCUGCAUCAGACAUGCCUCUGGAUGCUUCCCCCGCUGCACCAUCUGAGCUCACACACCCGUCAAGUGAGCCAGGCUCGCCACCGUUCGACCCCACCCCGCGCAGGAUAGGCGCAGCAAAAUCUGUUGACGCCCAUGGCGCAUCGCCUGCAGCCCAAGGACUGGCCCUAAAGAGCACGGCCACUCCAAAAGAGAGCCAGAGCGAGGCACACGAGCAGGAGCACCAAGGGGACGCAGCGAGUCCGGCAAGUCCAACAUCGCCGGCACAGUCCAGCAACACUCCUCUGCUGGGUCCCACAUCAUCACGUAACGAUGAUGGCGCUUAUGAAGUUGGCACUCACCAGUCUGUUCCCCCUUCGACUGCUUUCGAACCGCAAGCAAACCAGACUGUCGAAACGAGCCACCGCGAAAGACCGACGCGACCGACGCUCGAUCCUUCGCUACCCGACGCCGAUCUUCUCGGUGACAGUAGCUCGGGCUCGAAGCCUUCGCACUGGCGUGCAAAAGUCGGUCUUCCACAAGCCAACACCUCUUCGCAAGUGUUAACAGCAGACAGCUCGACCCCUUCGUCGUCUGGCAACGCUCACCCGCUAAAAGACUUGAAGGCUCAAUCAGCUAACCUUACCGGCCCCCAGCGCUCGUCUACUACUCCAAUUGCGAGCGGAUUGGAUCGAGACGUUUCAGGAAAUCGCAGCAACGCCUCCGCCCCACCUCAACCGACCAUAUCACCAUCCGCCGUAGCAGAAACGCCGGUCGCUUCCACGACUGUCGUGACGACGAUCGAAGCUAGUGCAACAGUGUCUACCGUGCAGCAAGUCUUCUCAACCUCCGUCAGCACACCAAAGGACGAGCCUAGCGUGACACUGAUCAAGGUUGUAGAGAUCACCACGACACCAGCGAGUCCGACUGUUAAGGGUGGCAAGCUCAACAAUCCUAGCGGCGCGCUAGGGGCAUCGUGGAUGGAACGUCUUGAUUUGCAAGUGAUCUUCACCACCGUCUUCGUCGUAGCGAUGAGCGUAGCUGCUUUCGGGGCUCUGUGA